GGGCGCUGAGCGGAAGUGUCCGGAAAGAAACGACUGCUCCCGAAGCGCGAGCGAAGAUCGACGAGCGCGCUCGAAAAGGGUGGCGGAGGUCACCUCAGAUUGCCGAAGCCGCCUCCGGAAGCUCCCGAACACCUCCGAAGCUCUGGGGAGGGCAGGCAGCGGCGCCACACAAGAUGGCGGACGGGGAGGAGGUUACUCUGGACGGGAGGCCGCUCCAGGCGCUGAGGGUCGCCGACUUGAGGGCGGCUUUGGUGCAGCGAGGCCUGGCGAAGAGCGGGCAGAAGAGCACGUUGAUCAAGCGCCUUCGCGGGGCUCUGAUGCUCGAAAACCUCAAGCACUCGACACCCCACACCACCUUCCAACCCAACUCCCAGAUUGGCGAGGAGAUGAGCCAAAACAGCUUCAUCAAACAAUACUUGGAAAAACAGCAGGAGCUGCUCCGGCAGCGCCUGGAACGGGAGGCCCGGGAGGCUGCAGAUUCAGAGAGCAAGGGAUGCGCCGUGUCCCGGGAGAGAGGCGAGUCCGACGAAGAAGGAGCCCGAAGGCAAGAACAGCAUCCUUCCCGAGUCAGACAGGCCAGGGCCGUGAAGACCUCCGGAGGUGCCCACGGCCUGGGCAGCGAAGAGCGGGAAACGUCUCUUAGGAGUCGGAGGGCUGUGCAGCAAGUGCCCGUGAAAGACGAAGAGGAGGAGGAGGAGGAGGAAGAGGAGGAGGAGGAAGAAGAGGAGGAGGACGAGGAGGAGGAAGAGGAAGAGGAGGAGGAAGAAGAGGACUCUGCGCCUCUGCCGCAGAGGCAGGCGGAGCCGGAAAGGGCCGCUCUCCCAGAGCCGUGCUUGGGCCAGGCUUCAACCCCCGUGGCUCCAGAGGCCCAGCUGAAAGAGGCUCAGGCCCUAGAGGCCCAGGGCUGCGAAGCGGCCAUGCCGCUCCCCUCCCUCUCCAAGAGCCCGGCGGAGAGGCAGCUGGAACCCGCGGUGCCGGAAUGCAGGGGAGAAGAGGAGCACGACACGCUCGGCCAAGAGCACCAGGAGGGCCCCGGGCUGCCGGAAAAGGAAAAGGAGCCCGUCGAAGCCAUAGAACUGGAGGUUGCAGCCGAGCCACCAGAAGCCCCGGAGGGUAGACCGGCGGAAGAAGUAGUUCAGCAGGAGGAGCUAGGGGUGGCCGAGAUCCAGGAGACACCGGCGGAGGCGGCAGAGGCAGAUCGGGGGGAAGGGAGCGCUGGUCCCCCGCAGCCCCUCCCGGAGGUGGAGGAGUCCCUAAGGCAGGAGGACCAGGAGGAAGCCGCAGAGGCCCUGAGAACACUGGAGGAGGUGGCGGCCGCAGCGGCUGCCCUCGUCCAGGCGUCCCCGUCGCCCCCCCAGCUGACGGAGGCGCAGCACCCCCAGCAAGACCAAGCGGCAGAUGAGCCCCCUCCUCCCAUCUUGACCAUGGAAGCCCCAGCUGGAUCCAGCCCUGCAGAGGACGAAGCCCCUCCUCAGCUCUCUCGGCCAUCUCCCCCCUCUCAGGAACUCCCAGCCGCAACCAGCCCCGGCAUCCCAGAGGACCAGGCUGGCCGCUCACCCUCUCCCUUGCCGCUCCCGCAGCCCGACCGCAAGAGGCCCGGAGGCAACAGCUCCUCCCGCUCCUCGUCCUCCUCAGCAUCCAGCUCCUCCCGGUCCCGCUCUCGCUCCCAGGGCAGUUCACAGCCACAGUCCGGCGCCAGAAGACCCCGCUCGGGCUCCUCUGAGUCGCCUCCAAGGAAACGGCGGGCCCCGAGAUCUCGGUCCCGUUCCGGCUCUCGUACGAGCUCCUACUCCAAGUCUCGUUCUAGAUCCCGUUCUAGGUCUCGUUCCAGCAGUGAGAGCAGCAGGAAGUCCCGCAGCCCCGAAGUUUCGAGGGACAGCACCAGCUACCCUCCCACCAAAGAGUCCUCCCCGCCAGGGGAGAGCCCCCCAGCCCACCAGGACGUGUCGUCAAGUCCCAGGGAAGAGGGAAGGAGAACCCCUUCCCCGCCUCUGGAGCCCCAAAGACACCCCAGCCAUACACAGAAGCAGCAGCAUGAAGCGGAACCGGAGAGCACAGUGCCGGAGCGAGACCACUCAGAGUCCUUUCCCACGGAGGCUCCGGGCCUAGCCAGCAAGGCUUCUGUCUCAGAGCCACAGCAUCCUCCGGAGGGGCAGCACAGCAAAAACGAGGAGAAGCAAGAGGUGCCCAUGGAGCAGUCGGAGCCCCGUCCCGAGAGCGAGGUCCCCGAGCCCAGCUCCGACGACCAGCCUUCUGCCGAGCCCGGUGGCCCCGACGCAGUCCCUGACGAUGAGGAGAAGAAAGAGGGUUCAACCCAGCCUAAAGCCUUCAAGAGGAAGAUAUCUGUUGUCUCGUCGGCAGUGGCCAAGGGGACACCCGCGACAAACAGUGAUGCGGAAGGAAGCCAGACGGGAGGCCGGAAACGGCGCUGGGGGUCCAGCACGGCUGCCACGCAGAAGAAACCUUCCAUCAGCAUCACCACGGAGUCCCUCAAGAGCCUGAUCCCUGAGAUCAAGCCACCCCCGGGGGGCCAAGAAGUGGUGGUGGACCUUCACGCCGACGACUCGCGCAUCUCGGAAGACGAAGCCGAGCGGCACGCGGAGGAGCCGGCCCACGAGAAGGCCCUCAAGAUCUGCCGCACCGUGACUCAGGUUGUGCCGGCUGAGGGCCAAGAGAAUGGCCAAGGAGAAGAGGAGGAAGAGGAGGAGAAGGCCCGCGAGGAAGAGCCGCCGGAGGCCCCUCCUGUCGUCGCCGUGGAGACAGUGCUGCCACCCCCCGUAGAACACGAAGUGAAAAAAGUCACACUUAGCGACACGCUGACAAGGCGGUCUAUCAGCCAGCAGCGCAUGGGCGUCUCCAUCACCAUCGACGACCCCGUCCGCACGGCCCAGGUCCCCUCUCCCCCACGCGGUAAGAUCAGCAACAUCGUCCACAUCUGCAACUUGGUGAGACCCUUCACUCUGGGGCAGCUGAAGGAGUUGCUGGGCCGGACAGGCACCUUGGUAGAGGAUGCCUUCUGGAUCGACAAGAUCAAGUCCCACUGCUACGUCACGUAUUCAACGGUGGAGGAAGCUGUCGCGACACGCAAUGCCCUUCACGGAGUCAAGUGGCCGCAGUCGAACCCCAAGUUCUUAUCGGCUGACUUCGCUGAACAAGACGAGCUGGAUUUCCACCGGGGUCUGCUGGCUGAGCGUCCUGCGGAAGCCAAGGCAGACGAGCCGUUAGCGCUCCCAGGAGUCGGCCCUGCAGCCCGAGGGGAGCGGGAGAUGUCCCGGCGCUCGGAAGCGAGGGAGCGGGAGGCGGCCGUGAGAGAGCAAUGGGCCGAACGGGAGCGGGAGAUGGAGCGCCGGGAGCGGACAAGGGCGGAGAGGGAGUGGGACCGCGACAAGGUGCGAGAAGGGCCACGCUCUCGCUCACGUUCCCGAGAGAGACGCCGCAAGGAGCGGCCCAAGUCAAAGGAGAAGAAAGCAGAGAAGAAGGCAGAAAAGGCCCAGGAGGAGCCACCGGCCAAGCUGCUGGACGACCUUUUCCGCAAAACCAAGGCCGCUCCCUGCAUCUACUGGCUUCCCCUCACAGACUCCCAGAUCAACCAGAAGCAGGCGGAACGAGCAGCCCGAGCCCGGGAACGGGAACGCCGGCGCAAAGAGCUGGAAGCGGAGGAAGCCCGCCAGGAGGAGCGCAGCCGUCAAGCGGAGCGAGAGAAGCGGCGGGAACACAGCCGGGAACGGGAGCGCGAGCGACCCAACGCCUCGGGAGGAGGCGGGGCAGGCCGGGGAGGCGAGCGCAGCAGCGGCCGGGAUCGCGAGAGGCGCGAGGCCAAGACCCGCCGGAGCCGGAGUCGCAGUACACCUGUACAGGACAGGGGGGGGCGUCGCUGAGCUAUUCCAACAUCUUUACGUUGACCUUUUGAGGGGGAGGGGGGGUUGGCAUGGCUUCCCCCAAAUCUAGCCCCGGUUGGGGGGGGGGCGGGGACUGGGGCGGAUAGAUUUGGCCUUCCCCUUUCCAGCAGUGAUGGAAGAAGGGGGUGAGGGAGAAGAGGAGAGUGUGUUUGUGCGUGGAAGAGGCAGCUGUGGGGGGCUUUUCUUCCACCCCCCCCCCCAGGGAGCGUAUUUCAUCCCUUACCGCCCCCCCUCCGCCGUUCCUCUCUUCUCCCGGGGCCAGGCCCCUCCCCAUUAAUUUGUAUUUUAUUUUGGGAAAAUGUUUUUUUUUUUUUAUUCCGAUGAUACAGGAAAAGAGAGCAUAAUAAAGAGAUGGCGUUAGUUUUA